AUGACGCCAACACGGCACCUGACGACGGUCGCGGCGGCCGUCGCUCUCGUCGUCCUCGCCGCGGCGGCCGGCCCGGCCGCGGCGGCGAGCCACGACGACUGCGAGAUGGCGCAGCAGGCGUUCAGCGAGUGCGUGACGUACGUGGUGGGCGUGGACCCCGCGGUCACGCCGCACUGCUGCAUGGGCCUCGGCGACGUCAGGGACAUGGGGGGCACCGCCGCGCAGCGCCGCGCCCUCUGCGCGUGCAUCCUGUCGGAGCUGAACGCCGCCGGCAAGGUGGACCCCGCCCGCGCCGCGGCCCUCCCCGCCGCGUGUAAGGUGCAAGUUGGCUUCAUCCCGACCAAGCCCGACUUCGACUGCUCAACGCUUCCAUGA